UUGGGAUUACUACGUUGUUCUACAAAAAUGGCAAACCGACGGACACUAAAGCUGUUCCGGAACAUCAAUGACCCGUUGAGUAUCAAGGGAAUAAAAGAAGUGGACAAUCAAGCAGAGGACAGAAUAGGUCAAACGGAACGCGCGAUACUAUCUCCUUUACCGUCUGAAAACAACAAGCUUCCAGAUGCAGAAGAUCCGCUAAACCAGGAAGUACAUGACUAUUGUUCAGAUGACAGCGUUAAGGACCCAAAUUACGUAAAUACUGAUGACUAUUAUUCCGAUUCUGAUCAUAGUGACUUCAAUAGUAAGAAACGCGUAAAGCGAUUUAAAAGAAAUAAGUUUGCUGAAAACAUCGAUCCCAUGCUUUCAGUUGCGACUAAAAAUUCAAGUUCAAGUCAAAUUAGUACGCCCAAUUCUCACCAAAAAAUUGAUUAUUCAAACAAGCCCAAACCAGGUCCUUCAAAAAUAUCGUAUAUACCACCGAGUAGUUCAUCUAGUUCAAGCUCUUCUUCGAACUCUUCUGACAGUUCAUCAUCGUCUAGCGAUUCUUCAGACACGGAAGAGGAUGUAAAAAGAGUUGAGGAACAAGUUACAGAACCAGAUACAGAAAAAAAUACAGAAAUGUAUAGAGAACCAGAUAGAGAACAAGAUUUAGAACAAGUUACAGAACAAGAAAUAGAAAAAAAUACAGAACAGGAUAUAGAAAUGGAUAGAGAACCAGAGAGAGAACAAGUUACAGAACAAGAAACAGAAAAAGGUACAGAAAAAGAUACAGAAAAAAAUACAGAGCCUUCGAAAAAAAUUAGACGUAAACGCAAGGCAAACCCUAAGAACUGGAUAUCUGUAAGAGCAAAAAUUUUAAGAAAUCAUGGCAAAUCGUACGUGAAUAAAAAAACAAAGAAAUUCCCGAGAGACAAUUGA